AUGAGCUUCCUGGAACGCGAGGAGGACAUGGAUGCAAUGCUGGCGGAGGCGCUGGCCUUUAUUGACGAGUGCGACAGCGACGGUAAGCGUGUCAAGAAGUGCACGUCUAAGAAACCCGGCACUUCCAGCUCAGUCGUGCCUCGGAAGCCACAGAAAUCGAAUAAAACCCAACAGCGGGUGGGUGAAACACAAUGCUACUCAACAUUGCUGCAGCAGCGCAAGAAAGCGGAGCUGCGCGCACUGAGAGAGCAGGCGCUGGAGCUGGAUGAACAGGUUAAGCUGCUGCUGCAGCGACGCCAGCAGAGACAGCGACGUCGAGCAGAGAACGAGAAAAACCCAACAACCCAGAUCGCUGACGACGACAGUCGCGAGUGGUUCAAGAAGGCGGUGGGUGAAUUCCAUAAACGACAGAAGGCAGAACGAACCAACAGGAAACUCAAGGAGAUUUGGGCUAAUCAGACCAAAGUCAAUGGGGCCUUUCGCCACUUGGUGCAGCGCCGCUCGCUGCUCUAUGGCAAGGAUUUCCUAUUCGAGGAUGAAGCAAACACGCCACUGGAGUCUUCAGUGGCGGACGAGACGAUGACCAUCAUCUCGCAGCUGGAAAAGAGUGUGGAGCGGCUGUAUUUGACCUCAGACUCGGUGUUCCCUCCAGACCUGCCAGAAACGAUAUCCUGCAACACGAGGGUGAACCGCAGCAGCGACACAAACGGCAACUGCAUCGAGAUUAUCACCACAACGCCAGUGUCCAGUCCGCUGCAUGUUGCAGCGGAUGUGGUGUGGAAAGACCUGAACGUCAAAAGUCAAGAUCCCGAGAGAAUUUACAGCUUCAUUCGCGGACGUAAGCCAGAUUCGUUGGAGAAAAACUUCCUCAUCGCUCUGCAUAACCCGUCGGGUGUGUUGAAGAUCGACGGCUUCCAGUUCAUGCGUAAGUUUGAGGAAUCCGACCGCGUGGUGGUGAUCAAGCACAACAUCUUGACUCUACCACACAUGGGACUGAAGUUCCGUGAUCGCUGCUGGAUCAUCAUCUCCCGUUCCAAGUCAGACCCUGCACAGGCGUCUGUGGCUCGCACUUGCUACCAACUGUAUGCUGAAGGCGCGGAAAGUUUCUCAUCAAACGAAGACGUCGUGCACACAAGGGACUAUAUCCUCAGCUCACUCAGCGGAAAAGUGCGACGGGAUCAUCAAAUGCUGCAGAAUCUGCUCAUUGAAGAGGAUCGGCGCAGAAUUGUCCCCAUGACGGCGUAA